AUGGCGGUCCGCGGACGACAGAGUUGUUGUUUUUAUUGACGCUUUGAGGCGCGUCCAGUCCGAGACUUUUUUUUUUUUUUUACUGUCGGAAUGAUACUAAACCGGACGAAGAAAGGACUAGGCUUUUUUUAUUAUUAUAAACAAAAUAACUUUUAAUAGUUUACAAAACAGGAUAUCAACGCUCGCAGGUCAGUUUUAGUUAUGCGUUUACGUAAACAUGUAUUUUUAAACUAAAUUGGCAGGUAAUUCACCUCGGUGUACUCAUUAUUACACAACAAUUAACAUUAAAUUUGUGGACUGAAGUACAUGUGGGACAACCUCAAAAAAAUUCUAUAGUCAAAAGUCUUGUUUUUUGAUACAAUAAUGGAUGGAUCAAAAGAAAUAGAGACUACAGCAUCUUUUAAUAAAACCAAAGAAAUAAACAGGACCUAUGUGAUCUCAGCACUCACAAAAUGUGGAGAAAACGCUUUUAAAACACCAUCCUCUGGUGCCAGACUCACUCUUCAGAGAAAACCCAGCAGCAGAACCGCUCCAAAACACCUUGAAGAACCCACACAGGAGAACCCAGGAGGAGAGAAACGCCUGACCCUUCAGCGCAGGACACGAACAGGCUCCUUAAACACAACCAAAGUCCUGACCGAACCCAAUCCAGCAAGAGAGACCCACCAAACCAUCAAAACACCUGGGAAAGCCUCCUCCAAAACUAGUUCUGAGAAGAUCAGAUCCGUCCAUGAUGAGGGCAAAACUGUUUCGACACCUACAAGAAGAACCCAGUUUGAGAAAUUAAGCAUCAAGAAAGAUGUCUUUGAGAGGCUGGCUGCUAAUGAUGCAUCUAGACCCACAUCCACCAAACACACAACUGCUGGAAGACAGAAGCCAAUGCAGAUGAGCACUGAAACUGCAAAAUCAACUGCUGAGAAGGUUCAGAUUAGUGGUUCAGAGAGGCACAUGACCCCCUCCUUACAUUCAGCACAGGUGAGGAGACCCACAGCCCUAAUGAGCUCCUCGGCUCAUGGAGGAGCAGGUGUUUGUAGAGCUGCUCCUGCUGAAGGACACGCUCCUCUUGAAGCUGUGAGCAGAGCUAGUGCUCCACAACCCCAAGAGCUGAAGAUGGAGAACAGUGCGGUCACGGUCGCAGUCCGAGUAAGACCUUUCUGUUCAAGGGAGAAAAAGGAGAAAGCCCAUCAAGUCAUCUUCAUGAACGACCAUGAAACUGUUGUGCAGCAUCCAGAUAAUAAACAAAGCUACACAUUUACCUUUGACUUCUCUUUUUGCUCUGUCAACGAAUCGGAUACAAGCUUUGCCAGUCAGCAGAUGGUUUAUGAAAAACUGGCUCGGCCCUUGCUUGAAAGAGCAUUUGAAGGAUUUAACACGUGUCUCUUUGCAUAUGGCCAAACGGGUUCAGGAAAGUCCUACACUAUGAUGGGUUUCGGUGAAGAGGCUGGCGUUAUUCCCAGAUUCUGCAAGGAACUUUUCUCCAGAUUGUCUAGAACUGAAAACAAAGAGAUCUCCCGCCAUCUGGAGAUGAGCUAUUUUGAGGUGUACAAUGAGAAAAUCCAUGAUUUGCUGGUGGCAAAGGACGAGCAAAACCAGAAGAAAAUGCCUCUGCGUGUCAGAGAGCAUCCUGUCUAUGGGCCUUAUGUUGCAGACCUGUCCACGAAUGUAGUCACAUCUUAUGCUGAUAUUAAGACUUGGCUUGAACUCGGUAACAAACAAAGAGCCACGGCCGCCACCGGCAUGAACGAUAAAAGCUCCAGAUCACACUCUGUUUUCACUCUGGUCAUGAUGCAAACUAAAACAGAGUUUGUGGAGGGAGAGGAGCACGAUCACUGCAUCACCAGCCGGAUAAACCUGGUGGAUCUGGCAGGAAGUGAGCGCUGUACUUCAGCCCAGACCAGUGGAGACCGGCUCAGGGAGGGAGUGAGUAUCAACAAGUCUCUGCUCACGCUGGGAAAGGUGAUCUCGUCACUCUCAGAACAGGCUCAGACCAGAAAGAAAGUCUUCACGCCGUACAGAGAGUCAGUGCUCACAUGGUUACUGAAGGAAAGCCUUGGUGGAAACUCCAAGACGGCUAUGAUCGCCACCCUGAGUCCUGCGGCCUGUAACAUGGAGGAGAGCCUGAGCACCUUACGCUACGCCCAGCAGGCCCGUAUGAUCAUUAACAUAGCCAAAGUCAACGAGGACACCAAUGCCAAACUGAUCCGAGAGCUGAAAGCAGAGGUGGAGAAGCUCCGUGCGGCUCAGAUGAGCUCUCGGGGCAUCGAGCCGGAGAAAAUGAGACUGUUUCAGCAAGAGAUCGCCUCUCUUAAGACUAAACUCUCACAACAGGAACACGAAAUGGCUGAAGCUCACAGAACUUGGAAAGAAAAGCUAGAAGAGGCAGAGAGGAGGAAACGAGAGGAAACCAAAGAGCUGCAGCGCGCCGGUGUCACCUUUAAAGUGGAUAAUCGGCUGCCUAACCUUGUGAACCUGAAUGAGGAUCCGCAGCUGUCAGAGAUGCUGCUGUACAUGAUUAAAGAGGGCGAGACCAAGGUCGGCAAGCUCAAGUCUGAGUCGGCCCACGACAUCCAGCUGUCUGGAGCUCUCAUCGCCGAUGAGCACUGUGUCAUCUCUAGUGUGAAAGGUACCGUCAGUAUUAAACCAAUGGCAAAUGCCAAGACCUUCGUGAAUGGACAUCUUGUGUCUGAGUGCACCGUCCUCCACCACGGAGACCGUGUGAUUCUUGGAGGAGAUCACUAUUUUCGGUUCAACCACCCCGCUGAGGUUCAGAGCGGGAAGCGCGCGUCCUGUUGGAACAGUGGAGAUGGUCAAAAGGACUUCGAGUUUGCCAAAAACGAGCUGCUGUUGGCCCAGAGAGCUCAACUUGAAGCAGAGAUUGAGGCAGCUCGGUUGAAGGCCAAAGAGGAGAUGAUGCAGGGCAUUCAGGUGGCAAAAGAGAUGGCACAGAAAGAGCUGAGCGAGCUGAAGAGUCAGUACGAGAAGAGAAUCAAAGCUCUGGAGCGAGAGCUGGAUGAGGAGAGUGAACGGAAGAGAGUCCACGAGCUGGAUAAAAAGAGGGUGGUCUGUCAGAUAGAGCAACUGCAGACAGCAAAGUCUCUGCUAGAGCAGGAAGUCAACACCCAUAAUAGACGUCUGCAGAUGGAGGCCCAAGCUACAAGACAGGCGAUGGCCGAUCAUGAUAUCCGGCAUGCUAAAAUUGUAGAGGCGCUUGAAGCAGAGAAGAGGAAGAUUGCAGAAGAUCUUGCUCAGAUUGAGAGAAAGCGUGCUCAAAAAAUGCUCCAGGCCACUAAAACAGCCCACCCACAGUGGGAUUCCUUGAAGCUGUCUUUGAUGAUUGAAGAAGCUAACAAAAUCAGUGCCAAUCUCAGGAAACACACAGUCUUCAGCAGACAUGAGGCGACCGAUAAAGUGAGCGAGGGUGGAGACGCCCAACUGCAGGUCCAAGUUCAGAACACCAAACUGGGAAUUUCCACCUUCUGGAGUCUGGAGAAGUUCCAGAGCAACUUGGCUGCCAUGAGAGAGCUUGAGCAGGGGGAGAGCACCUCUAAAGAUGAUGACGUGUUUUACAACCCUAAUGAUGAGUGGGAACCAGACCUAUCUGCCUCUUCCUCAACCUCAUCUUUCUCUCGCAGAAGGAGUAGAAGUUUGCUAAAGAGCAGGAGGAUUUCUGGCCGUCUCUAUGAGAUCCGAGUGCACCCCAUUCAAAGCCUACAUUGUGCUCCCUCACAGUCCACUGGGCUGAUGAACAAGCCCCCCUCUCUGCACCCUAGCACCUCUGACUCCGCCCUCCCAGCCAUCUGCAAAGAUCUGAUUGGCUCUGCAGUUGCUCGCCUGCGCUCCUGCCAAUCAGCUGAGGAAAGCGAAAGCUUGGCCGACAACCUGACCCUGGAUCUGCUGGCGGUUCACCGUGCCGUGAGGUCCAUCGCAGACCUCUACGAGCACCUUGACGACGACUGUCAGGAGAACUUGUUUGCCUGCAGUACUGAAGCCCAGACUCAUCUAGUGAAGGCCACGUCUGCUGUUGAAAGGGCUGUGUUCAUAACCAUGCACUGGGUCUCCAGCAUUAAGCCCAGCUCUGAUUCAGUGUCUCCGAGAGCUGAGGAGCUCAAGACUGAGGUCAAGAAAAUUGGAGGCUACCUUCAGUUACUCAUUCAGGGCUGUGACUCUGAGAUCUCCUCCAUGGUAACGGAGGCCCAGAGGAAGGUUGCCAAGUGUAUGAAAGUGGCUCUCAAAACCAUUGGUUUGCUGGCGGCAGUGAAUGGGAUGGAUCUUCGUUUGAUUGAACAUAGUUCAGAAAUCAUAGACAAUAGGUCAGUUGUGGAUUCUUUGCGGGAUGGGAUGCGUCAGAGUGUGACUGAUCUUCUCCUCAUAGGUCAGAGGAUCACUACUGAGAUGCAGAGAGAUCUUUCAUCUGCUCAUAUACCGAGUCAGAAAUCCAAUGUAAUGGAUGUCGCCAGCAGUUUGCAGAGCUACUUCCGCUGCUGUUUGUCGCAGAGGUCAGACACGUUUGAGGAUCGUUCAGAGGAUGAUGAAGGCUCAGACUUGUGUGCCAUUAAGAACACCACCGCUAAACUCCUCAAGCUGAACCGAGCGAUCAAAGAUCUCCACUCAUCUUUGUUGCACUCUCUGAAGGGGAGAGGCAGUGACGCUGGCCUUAGUCAGACAAUACAGUCUGUAUCCAGGACAAUUGAUGAUGUCAUCAACGGCCUCUCAUACGAAACAGCUGGGAGACGUUCCGACAGUCUCAAGCUUCCGUGUGAGAAGAACAUCAUGGCCUCCCGUGAUCAAGUGCACUCGGCGCUGAAGGCUUUGACAGCAGCGUUCAAUAAAAGCACAGAUGGAAUAGAGACGCUGGACACAGACAGACAGUUCAUUCAGCCAGGUUAUGGCAGCAGAAAUCGAACCGUUCCUAAAGUUGUGUAUUCUCUUUCCUCAGGCAUUAGCGAGAGUUCCAGAGAUGUCCGCUGGGUGUGAUUGGGAUAGCCACAGAUUGAAGUCAUGUACUAGUACUAGUCUACUAUAUUGGGUAUAAUGGUUAAUGCUAAGGUUGGCUCACUUUUCAUUUUGAUGUAUAUACAGUAUGCACUCAUGCAGGCCUACAAUAGUUUGGUUGCUAAUUUUGUACAAUUUAACUGUAUGAUUUUAAAGAAGAACUUAAUUGUAUAACUUACGAAGAUGGGUUUCUGUGUAUUUUGCAAGCACCUAGGUCUUUUAUAACUCAUGCAGAAAAGUACUUCUGGAUAUAUAUUUGCACUUGAAACCUUUGCACAGGCUUGGGCGCACUGGUAUGGAGACUUGAUUUUUAUCAUUUGCAGUACCGUUUACUCUGGAUCAUGUAAUUGUUCCACACUAAUUUAUACUUUCAGUAAUAAACACUCACUGGGACAAGAA